GGGGUCUCCCCCCCCGAUUUUAGGGGUUUCCCCCCCUGAUUUUGGGGGUUUCCCCCCCGAUUUUGGGGGUUUCCCCCUGAUUUUUGGGGGUUUCCCCCGGAUUUUUGGGGGUUUCCCCCCCUGUUUUUUGGGGUUCCCCCCCCGAUUUUGGGGUUUUCCCCCCCCCGGCUCUUGGGGCCCCCCCGGAGCCCCCCCGGUUGUGGGGCGCGAUGGAGGGCGCCCACGCCAAGUCGGUGGAGGAGUGCCUGGCCUAUUUCGGGGUGACCGAGGGUGGGCUCUCGCCCGAGCAGGUGCGGCGCAGCCUCGACAAGUACGGCCACAACGAGCUCCCGGCCGAGGAGGGCAAGACCAUCUAGCUGGUGGUGGAGCAGUUCGAGGACCUGCUGGUGCGGAUCCUGCUCUUGGCCGCCUGCAUCUCCUUCGUGCUGGCAUGGUUUGAGGAGGGGGAGGAGACCAUCACGGCCUUCGUGGAGCCCUUCGUCAUCCUCCUCAUCCUCGUGGCCAACGCGGUGGUGGGCGUCUGGCAGGAGCGCAACGCCGAGAACGCCAUCGAGGCGCUCAAGGAGUACGAGCCCGAGAUGGGGAAGGUCUAUCGCGCCGACCGCAAGGCCGUGCAGCGCAUCAAGGCGCGCGACCUCGUCCCCGGGGACAUCGCCGAGGUGGCCGUAACCCCCCAGUUCCCCCCCAGUGGCGACAAGGUCCCGGCCGACAUCCGCAUCAUCUCCAUCAAGUCGACGACGCUGCGGGUGGACCAGUCCAUCCUUACUGGGGAGUCGGUGUCGGUGAUCAAACACACGGAGCCGGUGCCGGACCCGCGCGCCGUCAACCAGGACAAGAAGAACAUGCUCUUCUCCGGCACCAACAUCGGGGCGGGCAAGGCCGUGGGCGUCGUGGUGGCCACGGGGGUGAACACGGAGAUCGGGAAGAUCCGCGACGAGAUGGUGGCCACGGAGCAGGACAAGACGCCGCUGCAGCAGAAGCUGGACGAGUUCGGGGAGCAGCUCUCCAAGGUCAUCUCGCUCAUCUGCGUCGCCGUCUGGCUCAUCAACAUCGGCCACUUCAACGACCCCGUCCACGGCGGCUCCUGGAUCCGCGGCGCCAUCUACUACUUCAAGAUCGCCGUCGCCUUGGCCGUCGCCGCCAUCCCUGAAGGGCUGCCGGCCGUCAUCACCACCUGCCUGGCCCUGGGGACGCGGCGCAUGGCCAAGAAAAACGCCAUCGUCCGGAGCCUGCCCUCGGUGGAGACCCUGGGCUGCACCUCCGUCAUCUGCUCCGACAAGACCGGCACCCUCACCACCAACCAGAUGUCCGUCUGCAAGAUGUUCAUCGUGGACAAGGUGGAGGGCGACGUCUGCUCCCUCAACGAGUUCUCCAUCACCGGCUCCACCUACGCCCCCGAGGGAGAAGUGAUGAAGCAGGAGAAGCCCGUGAAGGCCGGCCAGUACGACGGGCUGGUGGAACUGGCCACCAUCUGCGCCCUCUGCAACGACUCCUCCCUCGACUACAACGAGUCCAAGGGCAUCUACGAGAAGGUGGGGGAGGCCACGGAGACGGCCCUGACCUGCCUCGUGGAGAAGAUGAACGUCUUCAACACCGACGUCCGCAGCCUCUCCAAGGUGGAGCGGGCCAACGCCUGCAACUCGGUGAUCAAGCAGCUGAUGAAGAAGGAGUUCACGCUGGAGUUCUCCCGCGACCGCAAGUCCAUGUCCGUGUACUGCUCCCCCGCCAAGGCCUCCCGCGCCGCCGUCGGCAACAAGAUGUUCGUCAAGGGCGCCCCCGAGGGCGUGAUCGAGCGGUGCCAGCACGUGCGGGUGGGGACGGCGCGGGUGCCGCUGACGCCGCCCCUGCGGGAGCAGCUGCUGGGGGUCAUCAAGGAGUGGGGGACGGGGCGGGACACGCUGCGGUGCCUGGCGCUGGCCACGCGCGACGCCCCGCCCCGCCGCGAGGAGAUGCGCCUCGACGAGCCCAACGCCUUCGCCACCUACGAGACGGACCUGACCUUCGUGGGCUGUGGGAUGCUGGACCCGCCCCGCAAGGAGGUGAUGGGCUCCAUCCGCCUGUGCCGCGACGCCGGCAUCCGCGUCAUCAUGAUCACGGGCGACAACAAGGGCACGGCCAUCGCCAUCUGCCGCCGCAUCGGCAUCUUCGGCGAGGAAGAGGAGGUGACGGGGCGGGCGUACACGGGGCGCGAGUUCGACGACCUGCCCCCCGCCGAGCAGCGGGAGGCGUGCCGCCGCGCCUGCUGCUUCGCCCGCGUCGAGCCCACCCACAAGUCCAAGAUCGUCGAGUUCCUCCAGUCCUUCGAUGAGAUCACCGCCAUGACGGGGGACGGGGUGAACGACGCGCCGGCGCUGAAGAAGGCGGAGAUCGGCAUCGCCAUGGGCUCGGGCACGGCCGUGGCCAAGACGGCCUCGGAGAUGGUGCUGGCGGACGACAACUUCUCCACCAUCGUGGCGGCGGUGGAGGAGGGGCGCGCCAUCUACAACAACAUGAAGCAGUUCAUCCGCUACCUCAUCUCCUCCAACGUCGGCGAGGUCGUCUGGUGAGGCCCCCCUGCGCCCCACAGCGG